AUACCAUCACUCCUAAGCAUACUCCUUCUAUGUACUGCACCGCUGGUACAAAGUAGCAGAAGCUGCUACUUCCCCAGCGGCAGCCUCGCGCCGGAAAACGUCCCCUGCUCCAACUCCACCUACAGCGCCUGCUGCGGCAAGAACGACAUCUGCCACUCCAACGGCCUCUGCAUGGACGUCAGCGAGCAGCCCUACGUCCUCUCGCACGGAGCCUGCACAGACGCCGACUGGACGUCGCCCAACUGUCCAUCAGUAUGUCAAACAACCAACAAAUCCGACGGCUGCUCCACCAUCAAUCUCCUCUACACAAACGGCAUCUCAACCUACUGCUGCGGCACCCCGAUCAGCAACGGCACAGACGUGAUCUGUCCCGAUGGGAAGAACAGCUUCGAACUCGAAUCCGGAAGUAUAGUGGUCGGCUACGCGGCGCUCGAGAACGUGACGUCGUUGGAAGCUGCAGCCACCACCACCACCACCACCACCACCUCUGCGAGGGAUGCGGCGAUCGGGGCUGGGGUGGGUGUUCCUUUCGGAGUGAUUGCUAUCGCGUCGAUGGCUUGGGCGGUCUGGGAGAGG